AAUGCGCGCACGUUAGGAAAUUUUUACGAAUUCUCGAGUAUUCGUCGAACAAAUUGGAGGCUGAUUCCAUAGCUGUCACUAUGAUCUAACAGAUAGACGUUAGAUUUACAAUUUCUGUGUGUGUGUGUUUUUGUGUAGAUAAUUUUCGUGGAAGAAACCGAGUCGAGAAUACCUGUGUCCACGUCGCGACCAGAAUUGGGCGGGCCGAUUGACGUGGACGACUUUUAAAAGAACCAAAUUUUUAAAUAGUUUUUUGAGUGAUGAACUAUUAACGAAUUGUAUAUGCAGGUGGAUAAGUUGUGAAUAUUUUUUUAAAUUUGUGAAGUUCAUUCGAUUCUUCCAAAUGGAUUAAAUAGUUAAAGCAUCUUUGACGAAAUAAAUCUAGUAAUUCUGAUGACGUAAUCUCAAAUGGAACAACUUAGAUGAACUUAACGCAUCAUGAAAAACCAAAAAUAUUUACCUUAAAAUAUUUAUUUACUUCCUGAGAAGUCACGAAAGCUCAUUUAAUGACAAGAAUAAGAUAAAAAAACGACAUAUUUUAUAAAGUUUUUAAUAUCAUAAACAAGCAACUACAAUGUUCCGAUCUAAAAUUCGUAUUCACACUUGCCGAGUAAUACUUCUAACUUCUCUAGUAUGGUUUUUGGUUGACGUGAUGAUACUCAUGUUUUAUUCAGAUUGUAUUGGUAAAUCGGGAUGGGGAUGUUCUGACAAUAAAGUAACAGACAUUGCAGAAAGUUCACCUCGCGCUGAGAAUUUAAUAAGUAAUGAAAUAAAAACUACUCAUAAUUAUGAUCAAAGACGAUAUAAACAAUCAGAAUUGCAACUAUGGCGACCAGCAAAAGUAAUAAGAGAAAAUAAAGGAAGUCCUGGAGAAUUAGGAACAGCAGUUCGGAUUCCACCAGAAAAUGAAGCAAAACAACAAGAACUCUUUAAAUUAAAUCAAUUUAAUCUUAUGGCAACGGAUAUGAUUUCAUUGAAUCGUUCAUUAAAAGAUAUUAGAUUAGAAGGAUGCAAAAACAAAAAGUAUCCUAAGUACUUACCCACUACAAGUAUUGUUAUUGUUUUCCAUAAUGAAGCUUGGAGCACAUUACUUCGUACAGUCUGGUCUGUUAUCAAUAGAUCACCUAGAGCAUUAUUAAAAGAGAUAAUUCUCGUUGAUGAUGCCAGUGAGCGAGAUCACUUGAAACAAGAUCUUGAAAAUUAUAUAAGUACGUUACCUAUUCCGACGUACGUUUUACGUACCGGGAAACGAUCUGGGUUGAUUAGGGCCAGACUACUAGGAGCUAAGCAUGUCAAAGGACAAGUAAUAACAUUUCUUGACGCUCAUUGCGAAUGUACAGAAGGUUGGCUUGAGCCAUUAUUAGCAAGAAUAGUUGAGAAUCGAUCAACUGUAGUCUGCCCGAUAAUAGACGUUAUUAGUGAUGAUACAUUUGAAUAUAUCACUGCAAGUGACAUGACAUGGGGAGGUUUUAAUUGGAAACUCAAUUUUAGAUGGUAUCGAGUAGCUCAAAGAGAAAUGGAUCGGCGUAAUGGAGAUCGCACCGCACCAUUACGAACCCCCACAAUGGCAGGUGGUCUCUUUUCUAUAGAUAAAGAAUAUUUUUAUGAAAUUGGAGCGUAUGAUGAAGGAAUGGAUAUUUGGGGAGGUGAAAACCUUGAAAUGAGCUUUAGAGUAUGGCAAUGUGGUGGUACUUUAGAAAUCAGCCCAUGUUCACACGUAGGUCAUGUAUUUCGUGACAAGAGUCCAUAUACAUUCCCAGGUGGCCUCAGCAAGAUCAUACUUCGGAACACUGGUAGAGUAGCUGAGGUCUGGUUGGAUGAGUGGAAGGAAUUUUACUUUUCCAUGAACCCAGGUGCUAGAAGUGUCCCAGUGGGUGAUGUAUCUGAGCGUGUAAAAUUACGUGAAAAAUUGAAGUGUAAAAGCUUCAGAUGGUACUUAGAAAAUAUUUAUCCAGAAUCUCCUAUGCCUUUGGAUUACUAUUACUUAGGUGAUAUUAAAAAUUUAGAAAUGCGCAAUUGCUUAGAUACAAUGGGCAGGAGAACAGGAGAGAAUGUUGGGUUGAGUUAUUGUCAUGGUCUUGGUGGUAAUCAGGUGUUUGCCUACACCAAGCGACAACAAAUAAUGUCAGAUGACAUGUGCCUUGAUGCGGCAAGCCCUCAAGGUCCUGUUAAAAUCGUUCGUUGUCACGGGAUGGGAGGAAAUCAGGCGUGGUCUUAUAAUGAAGAGACAAAAAUGAUUAGGCAUACAAAUACCGGACAUUGUCUAUCGGUGCCUCAAUCAGGAGAAGAUGUAACGACACCGAUUUUGACACCAUGUGACGCUCACAAUUCGAGCCAAAAGUGGAUAAUGGCUAGUAAAUUCAAAUGGCAAGCUAGCUAAUAUCAGGUAGCUCACAUAGACAAAAAUAUUACCCAACACUUGUUAAUAUAUUUAUUAAAUUCUAACUUGCCGACUGACUCUAAGAGAGCUUUGGAAACCAGAUGAAUGAAAAUCUAAAAUAGUUUUAGGUCUGUCCGGAAAUAGUCAAAAUUAACUAAAGUUUUCAUUGUUUCGUUGAGUCAAUAAGCUUUAUCAGUAUAUUAAUAUUAAAAGUAUAUGAAAAAGAAAAAAAUAAUUGACUACAGUAUGAAUUAACUACUGCCAUUUCUCAUGGUGAACCAGGAGUCUUUGAUUUAAAGAAAUGUUAACUGUAGUCACCGUUAAUAAAGAUUUCAAUAACUAAAAGUGCUAGAAUGUAAGUAAGUGGUUGUUUAACCAUAAAAAUUAAAGCAUAUCAAACAUCUGUUGAAAAUAAAUAAUUGUUACUAUGCACGGAAGAAAAUAGAUGACAAAUAAUAAUUUUUUUUUACUGUUGAUGAAUCGCAGGGAAUGAGUGCAAUUUUUAUAAAAAAACAAUUCUUUAAUAUAAAAAAUAUAUAAACGCAAUAGCAUCGUAAGUGUCUAAGCUAUGAUCGAUCGAAUGUUUUUGAAUGCAAUGACGAGUUAACUAAUUUUAUUUAUCAGAUUAUAGCGAUUUAUGUAAACUGUAUUAGAGUGUAAGAAAACGAAUCAAAUUAUUUUAUACUGUUAAAAAAUUUUAAAAUUAAAAAAAAAAUUAAGUAAAUAAACAUUGGGUCGUGUUGCUGCAAUUUGUACGAAAAAAAAAUUUUUCAAAUACAAAAGACUGUACUUAUUCUCCAAAUUCGCUAUUGUGAUUUCAGAUUACUAUUAGCCAAUAUCGAGCUUACGCGUUUACGCUACGAAAUCUAUAGAAAUUUUUUUAUUUUACGAAACUCAGUCACAGCAAUCUAUUUAAAGAAAGUUUAUAUUUGUUCAAUUUUACGCUCUUUAUAAUUAUUUUUUUCUCAAAGUUAUAAAUAUUCAUUCUCUAUAGUUGUUAUAUGUUCAUUAUUUUUUUCAAUCGUGUGAAUAUGAAUAUUUUCUGAGUGAGCUAUUCUUCAUUCAAUGCUGCAAUAAAAUAUUGUGAUCGUCGGUUAUUUGGUUUUUUCUCUGACAAUACAUAGGUUCUUAACUACUGUCGUUAUAUCUCAUUGUUGAUCAUUAUAAUAUAAUAGACCUAUAAAUUAUCAGUUUUCAUGUCAACAAUAUUCAAAAUAAUACUGAAUAAUUUAGAUAUUUAUUUAGUAGACUGAUCCCAACAAAUCUGGUAUUUUUUUUUUUCUAAAAUUAUACGGAAAAUAUUGUUUGACAUGACGAAAAAAAAUACCGUUAAAAAUUAAGUUCUUAAUAUUAACCGCCUCAUCACAACUUUCGAUUUCCUAUUUAAAUAACAUGGGAAGUUUCUUUUUAAAGUUUGAAAAAUUAUUACUCAUCAGUAGGAUCAGGAUUUUUGCUUGUAUUUAAGAAUAGCAAUUAAUAAUUAAUGGUGUAAAAUUUUGGAAUUACAGUCGAAAUAUUGACCGCAUAAAAAAAUUUUUCAAAUAAAAGUGGUAGGAAAUUUUAUUUUCUAGAGAAAAUGUCUCUUAUGAUUUUUUUAUACGACCAAUAUUUUCACCGUAAUUUCAAAAUUAAGAUUUUCAUAAUUAACAAAAAUUUGAAUAAUUCAUGAUGAAUCUUAAUUUUGGAAUUACGGUGAAAAUAUUGGUCGUAUCAAAAAAAUCAUAAAAGACAUUUUUUUUAAAAAUAAAUUUCCUACAAUUUUUGUUUGAAAAAUUUUUUUAUAAGACCAAUAUUUUCGCCGUAAUAUUAAACAUUUGAACCAUUCAUUUCGAAGUUAAGGCAAAAAUCUUGUCCCUACUCAUCAGUGAGUCGUGUAUCGGAAAAAUCAACAAAUACUUAUGUUGGAAAUUAAACGCACCACAAAAAAGGUCUUUAAUCAUUUUUCGAUAAUUUAAAUUUUUCAAAAGUUAUUCAAGGUCAAAGUUUAAUUUAAAGUAAAUUUUAGUAUUAUUUGAGUUUUCCGGCGGAACUAUUAGACUUAUUGUAAAAUGCUAUAGUACUUUUUUUGUAGAUCAUUUUGCCUCCCACAAAUUAUUUAUGACAAAAUUUUUUAAAGUUCUUUACUUGCAUUUAAAAUUAAUUAAUUAAAAUCGGCCAGGAUACGAUCUUGGAACAAAUUGACAUUUAAAUGCAAAUUACUAAAGAACUUUCAAAAAUUUUAAAAACUGUAAAAAAUAAGUUGUAGGAAAUGAAAUGAUCUACAAAUAAGGUCCUAUAACAUUUUGUGUUAUGAGAGGCUAUAAUAAUAAAUCUAUUUUCGUAGAGCGUUUUAUUUUCAACAUAAAUAUAUAUCGAUUUUUUUGAUACACUAAUUCACUGAUGAGUAAAAAAUGUUAUUUAAAUGGGAAAUCGAAAAUUGCGAUGAGGCGGUUGUUAAUGUUAAUAUUAAGAGCUCAAACUUUAACAGUAUUUUUUUUUGUCAUCUCAAACAAUAUUUUCCGUAUAAUUUUUAAAAAAGAAAUAAAGAAGUCGGUUUUUUUGAAUCAGUUUAUAUUUAGGUUGAUUUAACAAAAAUUAUACUUUGCAGUAUCGCUUUAUCAUGGAAUUAAUAUAAUGAGGGUUAUAUAAAGUUUAACAAACAAUUUAUUUACAUGCAUUUUAUUUUGUUGAGUUUGUUGUCUAUAUAUUACGUAAAACAAAACGGUAUCCAUCAACUAGUCGAUAUUAAAAAAAUUAUCAAAUUUUAAACUGAUACUGACAAAUGAAGUGGAUUCUGUACUUCUCAGGCUAAACCUCGACAGUAGUUGAAGAUGAAAAACAAAUUAUUUAGUAAUCCAAAACUACAAUAAAAUUUUUAUUAUAAAUGAGUAAAAUGCGUCAUCAACUAUAGCGUCCAUGAGUUUAACUUUGUUUCAGUCUCACAAUAUUUAUCUUUGCACUUUGAAUCUUAAUGUAAUUUCAUAAAAAAGGGCGAAUGUAAACUUACUGAUGAAUCUUUUACUUUAAUCAUGGUUAAUAUUUUUGCUAAUUUAUAUCGCAUUUUGUAAUCAAGCGAACAGAUUAUUCAAACAAUACUCUGAUAUAAUGAAUUUAAGACAAGAAUUAAUAUUUCUAAUUAUUUAUUAUACAUGAAUUUUAAUUAUUCAGUUCUUCCAGUAUUUUUAAAUGUUUUAUAUUCUUAAAUUAUUAACUCAAAUGUAUAGUUCUUUUGUUAAUUUCGUUCAUAAAUGACUCUUAAAAUUAUAUAAAUUAAAAAUUAUUAAGGUUUAUAUUUUAACUUAGUUUGACAUAGUUGUAAGUUUCAUUAUUUUCAUAAGAAAAAAAUAAAUGAAUAAAUAAAAUCUUCCUUCAUUCCACUACAUAUAAAAUUUAAAAUA